AAAGGAAAUUAUGUAACAGCAGUAGCAGCUGUAAUAUUUCUGUUAGUGUUAGUACAACUUGUGAUGUGAUGGCUACAUCAGUGGCAGCAACAGUAGUAGUUAAAUGUGCAGGCCAAGUAUCUCUUAGCCAAAUGUAUUAGUUCCUGGUUAGUUUUUGUUGCUGUUGUGGAAAGCCUGUCAACACUGGUCUGCUGCAGUUCUUUCUUUAGUACUGGCCAAAGCUGCCUGCAACUGCUGUUCUGUUUUCAACCUCUGGAGAGAGCCAACGUUCACGGUUGCACUGGUGAGACCAUGCACCAUAAACAGACUGAGUGGCUGCUCAAACACAGCACACACUUCUAGAACCCAAACGUUUUGUUUUUCCUGUAUGCAGUUGACUUUGAAAUCCGAUUUUUCAUGGUAAAGAGAUGAUCUUUUUUCCUGUUAAGAUGAGAUUAUGGUCUUCUUUUAGACUGAACUCAAGUCAUUUCUAUAUUAAAGAUGUGUUGUGAUAUUCAUCAUAUCAAAGGUGGGAUGAAAGGCAAGGGACAUAAUCACACAUGGUAACACUUAACUCUGGUAUGCACAUUUGGCAGAAUUAAUCUAAUUUGAACAACAAUUCCUAUCCAAAGAAUGAAAUUAGAUGCUUUGAUGAGUAGGUUCGGUGAUAAUUAGUAAUGAUUUUAUAAAUGCAUGAAAGGGGUCCUUUUGAUUGGAAACAUAGCUCCUUAAGGCAAAUGUAGCUUUGGUAAUAUUGUCAAAGAAUGCACCGAAAAAUCAGAGGAAUCCUUCAAUUCAUUGCGAGUUCACAUCCUGGAAACCAAAUGAUUCUUUUGUUCUUGCAUUCAUUUUACAGUAGAAAAUUGUACGGCUUCAACCAUACUGUUGUUUGCAUGAAGUAUAAUGUAUGUAUAGUAGAAGUUUUAGGUGAUAUCCACUCUUCAGGCAGUUGUGUUGCAAUAGACCAGAUAAUUUAUUGAUCCCCAUCUUGCGCUCUGCUGCUGCAGAAAGGCCAGCAGCCCCCAGAGAGUGUACUGGAGCUCUUUGUCCUUUCUCUGUCCUCACAUCUUUUCUUUCUUCAUCCUUUCUCUUUAUCACCUUCUUUUAAUCUUCUUUCAACCCCCUGACCACCUCCGAUCUACUCCCCUUGUUUCAUUUCCCCCAUCAUUUAUUCACUCUCUACCCCGCCCGAGCCCCCCCUCUUUUUCUGUGCAUCCCUCCAUCUAUCUCCUUUUUCUCCAUACAUAUGUUUAGCUUGUCUCUUUCCGUGUCGUCAACAAGGUGUCUGCCGUGCAGGACGAGCCGGGGGAAUGAGUGGGGCUCGCAGAAUGCAAGAAUUAAAAUACAUCAGGGAUGGAGCUACGUUGGUGAUUUCAUUGGAUGGUUUGGAUUGGCUUACUAAAAGGAGAUGCAGUGACAAAGGAAUCAAGAAAAGGUCAGAUGAUCCUGGCUGAUGAAGAGCUGCGGGCAAUCACCUGCAUCCUGGAGCAAAGAGGAAGGGCAGCCCCUCAGUUAUGGAGGAACAGCGACUGCAGAUCAAGCUUGGUAACGAGGCCUCCGGCCUUCUCUACCCCCCCUCAACAUUGUUGUGUUCCGGAGGAGCCCCCACAUCAUUCAACUCUCAAUUAUUUUGUCUCAGAGCGCCCAAAGGAGGCCCAGUGGACAAGACUUAUUUUAAAUAUGAAGGACAUUUUCAGUUUGAUCAAAAAAGAUGUAGACAUUAUGACUGAGCAGGACACUGUUACAACGGAUCUGGAAAACAGGUUGAUCAUUUUCUGUGAUGAGGACAUACCGCUACAACGUUUUGGUGACAUUUGCUACACUGAGGAUUGUGGGCCAUCUAAAGGGGACACUGGUUGGCAUAUCAGCGAUAACAUCUCCACUGCCCACGGUCCCAACACCAACAACCCUAAUGGCAAUCAACGUGAACUGGUUAUCAGUGACAGUUUUAACAACCUUAAAAUGCUUCAGAAAUCCUGUCAAAUCUAUGACGUGCCAGGAGUAUUAUGUGGGAGGGACACAAAUCUAAAAAAGAGGAAGAGUGUGUCCUUUAAUGAUGAUGUCAUUGUCUACCUGUUUGAUCAGGAGAGUCCCACCGUGGAGCCGCACUCUGAAACCUGCACAUCUCUGCCAGAUGUCGCGUUAGAAGACAGUGGCUUGGAGUGGGAGGACGACUUCUCAGCUUUGGAGAAGAACUGCCAUUUUCAGUGUGUCAGACACUCUCAGCAAUACCCCCGUUCCCUGGCGACACAGACCAGCACUGCUCUGUCCCGGCGUUUCUUUCUGUCCCAAACCUGCCUGUUCCUCACCCAUGUCACUGAGUCAGACCUUGAGCUGUGAGAUAAAGGCAAGACAGCCAGCCUUGGACCUAAUGGAAAAACUGACUAAUCGUCCAGAUCUCAUCCUCUUCACAUCUAACUAAUCUCCCCACCUCCCUCCUCUUUUAUGAUGAGUCAGGGAUUUUAAUGGCUUUUUUUUUUUCCUUCCCUCUCUGGUCCAAAUGGAUUCAAAGCACCUGCCGUUCAUGACAUCACAGCCACGCAGGACUGUGUGACAGUGCAUUCAGCUUUCACAGUUGUUUUGUAUGACAAGAUCACAGGCUAUGAUGUGUUACACAACCAGCUGAAAACCUCUUUGGAAGCUGCUUUUCAUGUCAUUGGAUCUGAGAUGUGAAAUGGAAACAUACAUGUUGUCAAUUCUAAUAAACUAAAUUUAAGAAAUUGUCAUCUUUGUCUGAAA